AUGGCUGCCGCUAGGACUCUUCGCAUAGGUCUCAUCCCCGGUGAUGGUAUUGGCCGCGAGGUCAUUCCCGCCGGUCGACGAAUUCUGGAAUCUCUCCCUAGCUCCCUCAACCUGAAGUUCAGCUUCGUUGACCUAGAUGCGGGUUUCGACUGCUUCAAGCGCACUGGCACCGCCCUGCCCGACAAGACCGUCGAUACCUUGAAGAAGGAAUGUGACGGCGCUCUGUUUGGAGCUGUUAGCUCCCCCAGCACCAAGGUCGCCGGCUACUCCUCGCCCAUCGUUGCACUCCGCAAGAAGCUCGAUCUCUAUGCCAACGUGCGGCCUGUCAAGACCACCGCCGGUACCAGUGGCGGCAAGCCCAUCGACCUCGUCAUCGUCCGCGAGAACACUGAGGAUCUCUAUGUCAAGGAGGAGAGCACCGAGGAAACCCCCAACGGCAAGGUUGCCCGGGCUAUCAAGCAGAUCUCCGAGCGCGCUUCAAUGCGCAUCUCCACCAUCGCUGGUGAGAUCGCCCUGCGCCGCCAGAACAUUCGCGACGCUUCUGCCGCCGCUGGUCUCCGUACCAAGCCCAUGGUGACCAUCACCCACAAAUCCAACGUUUUGUCGCAGACUGACGGUCUCUUCCGGGAGACUGCGCGGGCCGCUCUCGCUGCGGAGCGCUUCACCUCUAUUGAGGUUGAGGAGCAGAUUGUGGACUCGAUGGUUUACAAGCUCUUCCGCCAGCCCGAGUACUACGACGUCAUUGUUGCUCCUAACCUUUACGGAGACAUUCUGUCUGACGGCGCCGCUGCUCUGGUCGGUAGCUUGGGUCUUGUGCCUAGCGCCAACGUUGGCGAUGGCUUCGCUAUCGGAGAGCCUUGCCACGGAAGUGCUCCUGACAUUGAGGGCCGGGGUAUUGCCAACCCCAUUGCCACUCUGCGCAGUGUUGCUCUCAUGCUGGAGUUCUUGGGUGAGGAGAAGGCCGCGGCCAAUAUCUACUCUGCUGUGGAUGGUAACCUGGAUGAGGGCAAGUACCUUUCCCCUGACAUGGGCGGAAAGGCCACAACCCAGGAGGUUUUGGAUGAUGUGUUGAAGAGACUGUAA